AUGUCUUUGUGGGACCGAAUCAACAGUCGCCUGACCUUCCAAAGCGGUAUAGGCUUCAUGUACCGCCAACUGUUCAUGCAUCCUCCGCCAAUCGCAGCAGAAGUCACUCUUGAAGGCCAAACAGCCAUUAUCACCGGCUCGAAUACUGGCCUCGGUUUCGAGGCAGGGCGACAGCUCCUCCAGCUAGAUCUCUCUCGGCUCAUUCUAGCCGUUCGAUCCCAGACCAAAGGCGAUGUCGCAGCAGAAGCCCUCCGCAAGGAAUUUCUUCGCGCUGAGAUCGAAGUCUGGAUCUUAGAUAUGGAAGAUCCCGAAUCUGUCGCGGCAUUUGCCAGAAGAUGUCAGACUCUGGGUAGAAUUGACAUAGUCGUUCUGAAUGCCGGCGUGCAGAACAAGGACUACGCUGUCUCGCCCAAGACUGGAAAUGAGCAGACUUUCCAGGUCAACUACCUCUCGACUAUCAUGUUGGCAGUGCUUCUCCUGCCGAUAUUGAGAGCCAAAAGCGGUUCGGCAGGAAGGCCAGCGAGGCUCACGAUAGUGACAUCGACCACGGCGUAUUUUGCGCAUUUUGACAACCAGCGACCAAUCCUGCCGCAGUUCGACGAGAAGUAUGACGUUACUAAGUGUUAUCCUGUUCUGAUGUAUUCAAAGCGUGGCGACGAUCUGGAAAAGAAGAUUCUGAGCGAGACCAGGCAGAUGUUGGAAUCCAUGAACGUUUCGCAUACCCAAAUGCAUGGCUUUUAG